AUGGGUCGUCUCGGAAGAGCUACACGAGUCGCCGCAGUAAUUGGCGGAGCUGCCGCCCUCGUGCUGGCCGUCCGGCCGAAGGAUCCCCAGUUCGAGCUUCUCUCCAUCAACCUCACUGGCUUCCGCCUCCGGUUCGAACCUCCGUCCCUCGUCCCCCUCCUCGACAUCGGGCUCGUCCUGACCGUCCACGCCACUAACCCCAACGUCGUCGGCGUCCGCUACUCCCGCUCCACCAUGGCCAUCUUCUACCGCGGGUCCCUCCUGGGCGAGGCCCACGUCUGCGCCGGCGAGCAGCGGCGCAACGCCUGCCGGAUCCUCCGCCUCUCGGGGAAGCUGAACUGCCUCGAGAUGGCCCACCAGCUCGCCGCGCUCGCCUCCGACCUCGCCCGCCGCGAGAUGGAGCUCGCCGCGGAAACGCGGAUAAAGGGGUCGGCGAACCUCCUCGGGUGGCCGCACCGCUUCCACAUCGACGUCCACAGCCGCCUCAAGGUGGAUCCACUGCUGCUGGAUAUCAUGGAACAGGAGAACCGGUCCCGUCUCCAGUUGACGCUCUCCUCCUAGCCGGUGGAAGAUCCUGUUUGGACGAUGCCUCCCAAGUUCCUGAAUUAUCUUCUUCUCGUUCGCCCCCCGUUUCAGUGCUUUGGGACCAUACCAUGGGUAGCUUUACGCGGUUAUGCUUGUAAAAUCAUGAUCUUGGUCACAUUCUCCAUCGCAAUUUAUAUGUAGACGCCAAUUCUUUUGUUUUUC